AUGGUGCUAAACUACAAUGACGAGUCUAAUCUUUUGCAGCGAGCUAGGGUUGCUGCAAAGCACAACACGAACUUCUGGCACACUGAAACCGAGACUGAAGCUUUAUGGACGGAUACUGUGGGGAACAGCGCAUUGAGCGACAGCUUCGUUGAAGAGCUGAAACACAGGUUGAACGCGAUUCGGGGUGACAGACUCCAGAGGGGCGACAGACUCCAGAGUAUCAGACAAGCGGACCGCAAAACUUCCUGGUAUUCGAGCAAUCUGCCGUAUGACAGUGAAAUAACUAGCGCAAACCAUCUGGCGUUCUUUUCCGGUCCCUUGGCCACUGAUGGCGAAACUGUGAUGAAGUUCGAAGAGGUUGAAGACGGAGGAGAGUACGAAGACUCCCGUCACCAGAACAUCGACUGGGACUGCACCAUGGAGGAGGUGACUCUACUUCGUGAAAUUGCGGCUCAAUGGAAAAGGGACCAGUGGCAGGCCAUCAGUGCAAGAUUCAAUGGCAUGACCGGUCGUAAAAUCACCCCUGAACAGGCAAAGUCAGUUCUCGACAACCACCAAGGGUGA